GCUUUUCCUCAGUACCAUACCCCGGCCGGAUUGACACCAAAAGUAACCUUAAUGAGCCUUGAUCUGUUUUUGACGUUCUUUUCAUGACGGCUGUAUUUUUGGAGGCUGUCUGGUUUGUGACUUUGUUCCUUUCUGUAUCGGUACAUAUUGAUGCACCGCAUGAUUCCCAUGGAGCCUGCUCUUAUUUUGUGUUUAUUAAGGUGGGAUUUGCGAUAGAGUGGUGGGUGGACGUAUUUCAUUGUUGCGGAUCAUACCUGCAAUCCCUUGUUUUCCUCCUCACGGGGAUUUAUAUCUGUGCAUCAUCUUAUCGCGAUCUAUAUGUGGAUUGAAGCACAUUCGACAGGGAGCGAAUUCAUGAAUGAGAACGAUUAUCGAAGUGAAGGAGUGCGUGAGGGGACGUUUCAUUACAAAUGCAUUAAUAGC